AAGAAGGAUAGAAUGAACGAUCGGUGCGAUUAUUUACAUGUCUCCAGUGAAAUGUGAUGGACGUUUGCUUCGUGAACUGAUUCGACUGUGACUUGGAAAACUGAACGGUGCCAGUGAUAUUGGAUACAAUUUUCUCUGCCCCAAGCAGCGCUAGGAAGCGCCUGAUCACUCACUGAUUGGAUCACGUGUAGUCGGGGUUCAUUUCAAAAGGGGCUGUUGUUAGAGUGUGCUUAAGUGUGGUUUAUUGCUUUUAUUUAACAACAACACAGCAGUGCUCAGGAAGUUGAAUCAUUUGUAUCACGGCGGGCGAAAUUGUGCGGUAAUAAGGAAAACAGUGGAUGCUGAAUCGCAAGAUGAAGUUUUUACUUCUGCUGGCAUUAUGCCUCUUUAGUGCCAUUCUACAAUCCCACGCGCAGCCGGUGAAGGUUAGCAAACCGAAAGCUCUGACUGCGGGCCGUGACGAGCGCGUGUUCGGUGCUGCAUCGAGCUCCACUACGGAAGCCACCCCGGCACAGAAGGAUGCCGGCAAGUCUCAGUACCGGAUACGUGUUGUUCCCCAGGAGCAGGACGAGUUUGAAAAACUGUUGGAUUUUUUCGCAGCUGGGGAGAUCGAUUCGCCCGGCGGGUCAGCAGAAUCUCCCCAAAAGACAUCAUACGGCUCCUAUAGCCCCCGACAGGAUGAUCUAACCGAACCGCUGCUUCCGCCGCCCGUAGAGCAGAAGGAACCGAAUUACUACGCUGAAAAACCAAAGAAAACUAAGGGAAAGAAAUACAUCCCCAAUCAGAAACUAGUUAACAUUAAAAACUACGAAAACGUGGAAAAGAUUGAAAAUGAUAAGUCUAAACUAAAUAGCGAACAGGGAGAAAUCGACGAAGAAUAUUUCUUGGAUGGACUAGAUCUGGAUAAGCUGCUGGCUUCGGCGUGGUUAACGCAAGCUGAUGCCGAUAAGGAAGCGACUGGAGCACCUAAGAAACUCAAGCUGAACACCGGGGAAUUCUUUCCCAGCAAUCAACGACGGAUGGACGAAAAUACCAGGAGACUGCCGAGUGAAAAUGAAGGUGCUCGUGUUGAUUUUCAACUGCAUGGCCAUAAAGGUCCAACCAGUUAUGCGUAUGGAUAUGACACGGGUAAAGGGAAGAAUCGGCAGUUUCACGUAGAAGAACGGGACAAUGACGGGAACGUACAAGGUCAUUAUGGUUACGUUAUGAAAAAUGGAAAGCUCCGUAUCGUGAAAUACAGUUCAUCACCUGAGAAAGGCUUUCGGAUCGAGAAUUGAGCGUGUGUACUCUUCUAGUUAUUUAUUUUUAUUGUAUUGUACAAAUUCGAAUAAAGACACUGUUUAUACUAAAUCUUUAAA